GUGAAUCCUCCGAUGGCUCCACUUAUCAAUACGUACCACCGUCGAUGAAGCACUGGUAUAAAGCCUUCAUGGCAGCACCUCUCUACAGCAUCCAACAAGCCACUCAUUCAUUCAUUCCUUGCACAUCAGCCUUACAUUCCCUUCGAUCAUCACCUUUUUCAGGCUACAUUCACCAUGGUCGCUUUUACACUCACCUCUCUCCUUCUCGGUGCUGGCGCGCUCGUCUCCGCUGCUCCUUCUAGUCUUGACACCCGUGCAAGCUGCACAUUCUCUGAUGCUGCUACAGCUAUUAAGAACAAGGGUUCUUGUACUGCCAUUGUCAUACAGGGUAUGACUGUUCCGGCAGGAACUACCCUUGACUUGACAAAGCUCAAGACAGGCACCACUGUCACCUUCCAGGGCACGACCACCUUCGGCUACAAGGAGUGGGAGGGUCCUCUCAUCUCUGUCUCGGGAACUAACAUCAAAGUCAUCGGCGCUGCUGGCCAUGUCAUUGACGGAAAUGGUGCUAAGUGGUGGGAUGGCAAGGGAACCAACGGCGGCAAGACGAAGCCCAAGUUCUUCUACGCCCAUUCCAUGAUCUCAUCUUCCAUUACCGGACUCAACGUCAAGAACACCCCUGUACAGGGCUUCUCUGUCAACGGCGCGCAGGACCUCACCCUCGAUAAAAUCACCAUCGACAACACUGCUGGUGACAUCACCAACGGCGGUCACAACACCGAUGCUUUCGAUGUUGGCAGCUCCACUGGUGUAUACAUCACCAACGCCAACAUCAAGAACCAGGACGACUGCCUGGCUGUCAACUCCGGUACCGACAUCCACUUCACCGGCGGUACCUGCUCUGGCGGACACGGUAUCUCCAUUGGCUCUGUAGGUGGCCGCAGCGACAACACCGUCAAGAAUGUCAUCAUCUCCGACUCCACCAUCAUCAACUCCGAUAACGGUGUCCGCAUCAAGACCGUCUCUGGUGCUACUGGUGCUGUCUCUGGCGUCACAUACAAGAACAUUACCCUCAAGAACAUUAACAAAUACGGCAUCGUCAUCCAGCAAGACUACCAGAACGGCUCUCCUACUGGGAAGCCUACCACCGGUGUCCCGAUCACUGGCCUCACCAUCGAGAACGUCAAGGGUACCGUUGCUGCUAAGGGUACUGAUAUCUACAUUCUCUGCGGUAAGGGCAGCUGCUCCAACUGGACCUGGACCGGUAACAGCGUCACUGGCGGACAGAAGAGCACUAGCUGCCUCAACAUCCCCGCCGGUGCUUCUUGCUAACUUCCAGAAUGAGACGAGUGCAAUGCCUUGGAGCACCAUGAAGUAGUUUUGGAUCGGCCUGUGGCCUUUCCUAUUUUCUCUUGUACAUCUUUCUUUUUCAGUAAAUAUUUAUUCAUCAUAGCAGCUACGCUGCUCAGCAAUUAGCAUACAAUGUUAUCGUUGUGUCACCUUACAUGUUCGAUCCUAGUAGCAACUAAUACUUAAUGACGACUAUGUUCAGGUGCGGCGAGUACAACAUGAUC